GGGAACCGCGGCCGGGCGUCAGUCGAAUACACUCGUCGUACCAGGUGACUUUAUACUGCAGCGCUAAGACCACAGAAGUCAAUAUUACCGUUUGUCGCGUUAUAGAGUUAAUUAUAAGGGAUACACACGCACGCGGGCAGGCUUAAAUUAUUUCAUUAAUUACACCGAGCAGUGCAAUAUCUAGAUAUCAUCGGCGUCGAGCGAGAUCAGCUCUUCGUGCAUACCUAGUACAUUCGUCGACAUUAUGAAGGUAUCUGCAGCGACCGCCGUCCUGGUCGCUCUGGUCGCCACCGUGCAGAGCUCGGACCCAUGUAACAUAUCUACUUGCUACAAGAGCGGCACGACGAAGCCGCCAAUGGCCGUUACGCCCACUCACCUGCCGGUUCAGUCGUCUUCCACCCCGACCAGCCACCCACAGACCACGUACGCCAAGGAUCACGUGCACGGUUCAACCACCAUCAAGUCCGGUGCCAAUGCUACAGCCACGACAGCCAGCGGAGCGUCGGUCAACGGCACUGAGCGGCCGACCGUCGUCAAGUCUUCCGCCGGAGUAAUCGGAAACUCCACCACGCCCAAGCCUACAAUGACCGAAGGACAUGUGGCUCUGAAACAGAAGUUGAACACAAUUGCGGUGAAGUGCAAGGACGAGCUGCACGCGCCUCAAGAGAUCAUGGCACUGGUCAGCAACACGGUGGUACCGCAGAACGAGCAACAAAGGUGCUACUUAGAGUGCGUGUACAAAAAUCUUAAUUUGAUCAAGAAUAACAAGUUCAGUGUGGAAGACGGCAAGGCGAUGGCUAGAAUACGCUUCGCAAACCAACCGGAAGAGCACAAGAAGGCAGUAACCAUAAUAGAAACUUGCGAAAAAGAAGCUAUUAUCGAUCCGAAAACCACUGAAAAAUGCGCAGCUGGACGAGUAAUCAGAAACUGCUUCGUCAAAAACGGAGAAAAAAUAAAUUUCUUCCCUAAAGCAUAAGUCUUGAUAUGUGGAAGGAAAAUGGAAAGUAUGAGUUUGAACAUUUCAACCAAACAUGGAUAUACUAAAAAUACCUAUAUUAUGUAAUAUUAAAUUAUUUAAGUUAUGAUUUUUACGAAAUAAAACAAAAAAAAAACAUAA